UAUUGUUUAUUUUAUGUAGAUCCUAAUGUCGCUAAUCAAGUUAAUCCCACAUUUACGAUUUUUCUUUUUUAUCAAUCGAUCAGAUUCAGUCAACAUGUGCCACAAGCAGAGCAGCAACAACAUCAACAACAUCAGUCACAACCCAACACAUUGGGACGUUGUAUACUCAGUGAUAAAGAUAAAAUGAUACAACCCGAUGCAUUCCGGGCUGCACCCUAUGACGAAGAAUACAUGGAAAAUCAAUGUUACGAGCGACCGAUCGAGAACGAUAGCUGUUCAUACGAAUUGUAUGCGAACAGUAGCUUCAUUUAUGCGGAAGCAAAAUAUUUGGGUCUAACCCAAAAGGAGUGUCAAUCAUUGUGCUCACAUGAAACGAAAUUCUAUUGCCAAGGCGUGUCAUUCCAUUUCGAGCGCGAUCUGACCAACUCGGAAUGUCUACUGCACUCAGAGGAUAUUAUAUCGAUGGGACCUCGCAGUCUGAAACUAAGAGAGAAGUCUGUCUAUAUGCGGCGUGUCAAGUGUUUAGAUGUACAGGUGCUGUGCACGCAAGACGAAAUGGCCAUCAAAUAUACGCCAAAAGAUUGGUUUUAUGGUAAAAUGUAUGCCAGCAUGCAUUCAAAGCAGUGUAUGGUGCAAGGCAACGGCACAAGUAGCACAGUGUUACGUCUGCCGAUCGGCACCGAGGUCAAAGAGAAUCGUUGCGGCAUUUUGCGUGCCUACGAAGUCACCAAAGCAUAUCAAAGAAUUUUCAUAUCCGCGUUGAUAGUAAUACAAAAUAAUCGAAAUGUGCAAACACAGGGUGAUCGUCUCAUCAAAGUCGGUUGCAUAAUGAGCAAUUCGACGAUGCGCAAGGAUGGGCACACUGAUGGACGCAAUGAUGAUGAUGGUGUGGAGGGUGAAGAUAUACCGAAUGCUAUUGCAUUGGAGUCUUCAUUAGAGUUCGCACAGCAGUAAGUCGCAUCAAAUAUUUGGCUUUAAACAAAAGAUUUUGUGUUUAAAAAAAUUAACUUAAUACUAGUUUUUUAUUAAACCCCCUUCUGACAAUUAAAAAAAAAUACGCAUAUAUUUUUGUUAAAAUCCAGAAAAAAAAUUACACUUGGUACGCAACAAAAGUUCAUCUCUUUUAUGAUGA